AUGGUGCCGAGCCCUCUGCGACGUCUCCGGCGCUCCAUCUCCGACAGAUUCCUCGGAAAACACCACAAGUUUGUCCCUUUUCUCAUAUUGAACGCUGUGUUGCGGCAAGAAGAAACGCAAUUCUUCGAGUUUUUAGAUACUUUGGAGCAAAUGGAGUGUAGUUGGAAUGUUCCUCAUACUCUAGUCCAAUUUUGAUAACUUUCGCGAAAUCCCGAAAAACAACGUCAUGGCGCCAUGAAGGCUUCCUGAUAACCCACAGCCUCUAGGAAUUUUUGUGAUAAGGGCAAUUUGUGUCGAAAAUCGGAGCAGUGUCACCCGAACACGUGUUGAUUACCCAGAGAGGAAUCUAGUCUAGCAUAGCUUCCGAGUGUCCGUCUAAUGAGCUUUAUUUGUCACAAGUUAGUUCCGCUAAGGGUCUCGUCUUUUUUUCCGAGUCGUAAUUCUAAACUUCGAAGUUUUUAUUUCGUCUGGAGGGAAGGCUGACUAAGGAAGAAGCUGAGAAAAGUUACGAAAAAAUACCUUUUCGAAGAUCUUUUUGUAUUCAGAAGUGAACAGCCGUCGCCGAAAAUCUCAGAAGAACGCCUGUCGGCGCAGCAAUCCAUUGAGGAGGAUCCUUACAGGGUUAGUUCAUUCUACUUUUCAUUUGUUAAAUGUAAGUUAUGAACAGAGAGUUGAAAGUCGGCAAAUUAUGCGGGGUCAGCUUUCCAGAAACUGGAUUUUCAAGCUUCAAUACAGCUUUGAGCCUUGAUAUUGACCUCUCUGGAGGCAUCAUUUUGGAAACCGGAGCCUAGGCAUGGUUUUAAUAGCUGAGCCACGCUUGUCCUAGAAUCGAAAUCAACUUGAACAUCUUUCAGGAGAUACUGCGAUGUCACGAAGACAACGUCUCCCACCUGAUCUACCACGGCUCCUCCUUGCGCUCGAUGACGUCAUGCGAAUGGACGGCUUCUGCAGGUGCGACCCCGACUCGCAAGACUAGGAAGAGUGGACGGAACUCGCUGGACACGCAGCACCUUGCCGAGAUGAACAACAACAGUCUGGAGCUGCAGAUCGCCUCGUUGACGUCUUCUGGCAAAACGGCGAAGGUCGUCGCCUUCGGCCACUAG